AUGACGGAAAUUUCAACAAUUUUGCCUCCCAUAACCGACACUGCUGGGCAUCACGGUUAUCCAGGGAAUCAUGUAAGCGGAGAGGUUAGUCCUGGUGGACGAAGACUCACAGUACAAGAAUUAUUGGUCGAACCGGUUCGAUCCUCUGAAGGUCGUUACUCACCUAGUGUCAUUGGUAGUUCAAGGGCACCUUCUCCCACCAAGCUGACAGGUUCAACGAUAUUGCAACACGGUGGUCAUACGACCUCUCCGUUGCAAGGGGGACUCAACAGAUACUCUCAAUCCCCGCCAACGCUUCCUUUGCCUAUUCCACCGCAACUUAUGCGCAUCCCUCCUGUUCAUCAAUCACCACAAAAACCCGGUAUGGAAAUUGACUCAUACAAAUUAUUACCCACACCUCUGACAUCGCCAACUCCCGUCCCGAUCAUUCCGGUCUCUUCGGUUAAACCGUUGCACCAGUACUCUCCACCACCCACCACACCCUCCCCAACCUCAUCAGUUUCCUCACCACUUCAACUGGAGGAUCAAAGCUCCUAUAUGAACACGAUAGCAACCACCAACAUGGUCAUGCCUCUCUCACUUUCCGAACGCCGGGAAAGGAACAAAGUGGCGUCCGCCAAGUAUCGCGCAAAGAAGCACAAACAGAAUCAAGAGAUGAACGUACAAAUAAAUGAAUUGAACGCCGAGAACAACGUACUGAGAAGGCAAAACGAAGAAUUAAAAGCCGAAAAUGGAGAACUAAAAGAAUUGGUGGAUAAACUUAAGAGUAAAUUGGUGGAAGGAAAGAUACUAAAGAGGCUCGGGCGAGGAGGCGCAAAAUUAACUGCUGCCGCGGCUGUCAACGGCACCGCCAUUGGAACCACGACAGAAGGUCUGACCGCUCUCACCACCAUUCGAAAGGGUGCAGCGAGGCGAAGUGGAUUCGGCGGUCACGCAAAGGGCACAGGUCCAUCACCAAAAAAUGCUAAAAAGUAA